UAAUUAGCCCCACCCAUCCUUGGCCCCACACCUUUUUCAACCACCCAAUGUCAACCAGCCAAACUGGAAACUGAGUAAAGAGGGGAAAAGUGAGCCAAUUUUCCUUCUCCCUCCGGCGUCGAUAGAACAUCCAAAUCCGCCGGAAAAAUGAAUUCCCGUUUCACAUCUCUCGUUUCCCGAUCACUCAAAUCCAAUCGCCACCACUAUCUCUUACCUCAAUUAUUCUCUUCUUCCACCGCCACACCAGCAUCUGCACCACAAUACCCUCAAACCCUAGAGGGAUUACGCCACCGGUUAGCGGCGGAGUCACCGACGCUAUCCGAUUUCACUAGACUCCAAUCGGAUAAAGAGUAUUCGGUUGAGGUAGGGACGAAGAAGAAGCCGCUUCCUAAACCGAAAUGGAUGAAGGAAGCUAUACCUGGAGGAGAGAAAUACACACAGAUCAAGAAGAAAUUGAGGGAAUUGAAGCUUCAUACUGUUUGUGAAGAGGCGAAAUGCCCUAAUUUGGGAGAGUGCUGGUCCGGUGGUGAAACUGGUACAGCUACCGCUACCAUCAUGAUUCUAGGUGAUACUUGUACCAGAGGUUGCAGAUUCUGCAAUGUGAAGACAUCACGCACUCCACCUCCUCCUGACCCAAAUGAACCUGCCAAUGUGGCUGAGGCCAUUGCUUCAUGGGGAUUAGAUUACAUUGUGAUCACUAGUGUUGACCGUGAUGAUUUACCUGAUCAAGGAAGUGGUCAUUUCACUGAGACAGUGCAGAAGUUGAAGGCAUUGAAGCCACAUAUACUCAUAGAAGCACUGACUCCAGAUUUUCGAGGUGAUCCUGGGUGUGUAGAGAAAGUUGCGAAAUCUGGAUUAGAUGUUUUUGCUCAUAACAUUGAAACCGUUGAAGAGCUUCAGAGUGUAGUACGAGAUCAUCGUGCUAACUUCAAGCAGUCCAUGGACGUUCUGAAGAUGGCCAAGGAGUAUGCCCCUGCUGGGACAUUGACAAAGACUUCAAUAAUGUUGGGCUGUGGGGAAACCCCCGAACAAGUUGUUAGAACAAUGGAAAAAGUGCGUGCGGCAGGUGUUGAUGUAAUGACAUUUGGCCAGUACAUGAGACCAUCAAAGCGUCACAUGCCUGUUACUGAAUACAUAACCCCUGAAGCCUUUGAGAAUUAUCAAGUUCUCGGCACACAAAUGGGAUUUCGAUAUGUGGCGUCUGGCCCCAUGGUUAGGUCGUCCUACAAGGCAGGGGAAUUCUAUAUUAAAUCGAUGAUAGAAUCUGAUCGUGCAGCAUCCUCGUCUUAGCUUCUGGUUUUGAGAUGAUACAUUACAUUUUGUACCACAAACAUGAUGUCCACACAACAUUUUUUGAGAUUGAAAAGCUUAGUUAGCCAUCUGACUCUUGUUUUCUGUUGGCCAUGUUUCCUCU